AUGCGUUCACGACCACGUGAUUCUACUGCUGAUGUAACGCCAGGAGUCAACUAUUGUCCACCAGAUUUCGGCAAGGAUACUCCCGGAGCUCAUAUCACUGGAAGAUAUGAAAAGAGGUUAGGUAAUGAUGUCACACCAGGACCUUCUGAUUAUGCUACAAAUACUUCUUUAGUUAAUUUAAAGAAGGCAUCUGUUUUUCAUGGUGUUUCUGAUAGAUCAAUGGCUGUUAGAAACAAUUCUCCAGGUCCGGCUGCUUAUUCUCCAAGAAUGCCAAAUUCUUCUCCAAGAAUUCGUAUAAAAGGAUCAAGUACAAGAGAAUCUAUUCAGCAAACAGGUGAAUAUGUCGCUCUCAAGAGUACUUUGACUGGCCCUAAGUACACAAUCUCUCCAAGAACAAAUCUUUUAAUGUCUUACGGAUAA